GCCAGUCGCUCCGUGCCCCCCGGCCUGCCCUCACGCCGCGCGCGCCGCCGGGAUCGAUCCCAGCCUCCGCCGCCGACCGCAGUGGACACACUCUGUCAAGUGUCGUGUGUGCUGUUUUUUUCUGUGACUCCCGAACUAGGAUUUUGUGUUGACCGCCCCCAUACACGUGUGUUUCUGUUUCUUCCCAGUCCCGCGCCCACCAACGAGAAGUGUCGACCUCCCCUUAUGUACACUGGUAUGAGAGCAGCCGCCUCCCCGCAAUGGUAUCGUGAGGCACGAUGCGGCUGUUCCGUCAGAAGCGCCCGGUGAGCACGCCCCCCGCCCCCGCCCCGCACCCCGCAGACUUCUACCUCGUCACCGCCCUGCCAGCCAUGGUCAUGGAGGACGACGUCAAGGAGAUGAAGAAGGUGUUCGCGACGUGGGGUCGCCGGAUGGGGAAGAAGCUCGACAUGCUGAGGAAACCCGAAGGCAAGGAAGCCUCCGAAGUAUCGCCCCCUGAUGAAAACUUCAAAGAGGACAUUCCUGCCAUCACGGGACAGUACAAGAAGAAACAGAACUGGAAGAUGGGACGCAGCAGCUCCGAGACCACUUCGCUAAAGAAAGAUAACGACACAGACUCUAUCAGAAGUGGUUCGCGAGAUAGAUCUCCGAGUCCCUUCAAACAGUUCUUCCACAGAAUGGGCUCCACGGGGAUGCUCAACAGCUCCAAGACACAAUCCUUGCACAACCAGAAGUCACCGGAAAGCUACUCGGUGGCGAGCGGCGCCCCGCUCUACCGCAGUUGUUCCACCUCACACCUCUCCACCUACGUCAAGGCUGACGACCCUUCGGACGACAUCGACCUACAGAACGGCGACAACGAUAACAAGAAAAAUCAGACACCCAAACACAGUAACUUGAUACCCGAUGACACGUUAAACACCUCGACGAAAGCUAUUAGUUGUGAUAAUAUUCCGAACUUGGAAGGGCAAAACAAUAAUGGUAUCUGUAAGAAACCCAACUUUCCUUAUGCGUUUUUGCGGUCGAAACUUUCAGUUUUACCUGAAGAAAACAGCAUAGCAUCACAGAGAGGAGGAUGCGUAAGGCAAAGUUUCUCAGAAAGGAUUGGAAGGAAAUCACCGAAAUUUCGGAGAGAAAGACUGUUUAUUUCGAACUCGCAUUCGGAAGAGCGAUAUCAAAGUAGUGACUGUAUAUCAGUUCACGAAGACAUGCUAAUCGCUUCAGCGUUACGUAACGACUUCGAGUUCUCGCGUAGCUCAAUGCGGAGUAUAAAUGACACAGACACAAAUAUAUAUCAACCCAAGCGUAUGGAGGAUAACAUGUCCAGGAGAUCGUCAAUGAUUUCCCACCGAGCUCCUUUAGAUUACGACCCAAUGCUGAUGCCUCGGAACAGGAAUAGUUUACCAGUGUAUGAGUAUAAUUCGACGGUGGGGUCGAUGCGGGACAUCCGCAGCUCGCUGGCGUCGUCGACGCACAGCAUCCACCCCGGGCCGGAGACGCAGGAGGUGCUGCAGGCGCACCGGCUCAGCAGCUACGUGAGUUCCAACGAGUCCGGCUACGACAGCGACGGGCGGCCCACGGACGAGCACAGCCACUCGCCGCCCGGCUACCUGGGGCACCUGCCCGGCGCCGAACGUGCCCCGCCUACUGACAAUCCCGAUGUACAUUCUAUACACGGCACAUUUUCGAGGCAGUACAGUCUGAAUCACAAAAUAAACGUCAGCCGAAUUCAAAUUCCAGCCCGCAGAAGUUCAACGCCGUGCGCACUGUUUCCUGUUGAGAAUACAUCGUAUGACUACGAAAAUGACAACAGAGAAAACAGUAACAUACAUCGGUCAUCAAACAAUACAUUCAACAGCAUGAAACUAUUAGACCACAGUGAUGCGAAACCUCCACCUUUGCCUAAAAAAACGUUAAAUAAGAAAACUCCACAAGUUUACAAAACAAUCACACUUGACGAUCGCGUACAGUCCAGAAAGAUUAAAUUCUUAAAUUCGCAGUUAACACCGUCCAAUCAUUCGUCGACGCCUAACCUAGACAACAAAUUGGCAUCAGAAGGCAAUUCAUCAGCAGCUCAGACGUUGCCAGAAAUUGAUCUAUUUGGAAGAGGACCGUGCACUAAACGAUUCAGAAAGAUCCGAUUAUUGAAAUCUAGAUUAGAUGAGAGUCUUGGUGUAUUUCUCGCCCAACAUCGAGUAGAUUUUGACAAUAGUGGAAUGAACUUUGAGAUUCGCUACAUUGUAGUGAAGCUGGACUUCGACGGCAUCGCGCACCGCGACGGCCGGCUGCGCAUCGGCGAUGAGAUAGUUAACGUCAACGGACGAGUCCUUAGAGGGUUGUCUUCUCUAAAAGAAGUGCAAGACAUCGUCAACUCAUGUUCGACAGAAGCGACUACAGAAGAAGGAGGAAUGUUCCAAAGAUAUCAAGUUGAUCUCGUUAUGGCUCACGACGAAAUAACGCCGGUCAGCUUAAACCAAAUCAUCAACAAUGACCACAGUACGACCGUUCCACCAGUAACCAACGUACCACCAGACAUUAUAUCACAGACUGUACACAAACCCACCACGUCAAAUCAAAUAAGAAUAGAAACACACUUCCCUAGCGACAAUCAGUUUUACGCAUCCAAUUCCAACGGCCCAAGUGGAUUCGUUAAUGACACUUUCGAGGCCAGUCGUCACAGAACCGACCCCGCUCAGAAAUGUGACUUUGGAGUCCAAGUGAGUAACGGUCUAGUACUAUCAAACCAUAAAAGUGACGACGAAAAGUUGUUAGAGAAACAUUGUUAUGCACAAUCCGCUGCUUCUUUACAGAACGUAACGAGCAUCGAAAUAACGUCGAAGCCGUCGCCGAGUCAGAGGACGGUACAGAGUAACAAUUACAGGCCGAUAUCGAUUCACAACUCGAGGCCGCCUCCCAUGGUGGAACAGUAUUCGUGCAACGAGAAUGCGAACAACGAACUGAAAGAGAGUUCCCAUUACAUAAAGCAUACGCCGCGGCUGUACCAGAACCGUUCGUUCGAGAGUAUACCGGAGCAGCUGAGGACUAGCAGCCGAAGUCGUUUCUUCAGCAGGAUAGGGUCCCAGCGGGGCGCGGGGGGCUCGCGGCCGCCGGAGCCGGGGGCCGCGGGCGCCGCGCCGCCGCACUACCCACACUCCUCGCUCCAUCGAGCACACUUCUGGAAGGGAGCGGGACAGAAGAGCCUCGGCUUCAGCAUAGUCGGGGGAACUGACUCGCCCAAGGGACAAAUGGGUAUCUUUGUCAAAACCGUCUUCCCGACGGGGCAGGCCGCUGACAAAGGUACCAUCUUCGAAGGUGACGAGAUCUUGUCGGUGAACAACGUGCCGACGCGCGGGCUCAGCCACGCCGGCGCCAUCUCGCUUUUCAAACAAGUUAAAGAAGGAAAAAUUGAACUGACGCUUUCAAGGAGAAGAGCACCAAGGUCCAGAUCUGUGGAGCCUCUCGGUAACUUCCGCGGCGAUAAUAAAAGGGAAUAAAAGAUUUAAAUUAUAACUAUAAGUAGACUUCGUAUUGUGCAAUAACUAUCAUCCUACUUAUUCAUUACUUGGCCAAAGGCGAACUCCACUUAACUAGCAACUUAUGUAAGGUUUCUAUUAUAUAUAUUAUUGUUAUUACUAUCACUUUUUAUGGAAUGGCAUCGAACUUUGUAUAUUAAAGGUAAUUUUAUACCUAAGUGCUGAAUGUAGAAGUAGAUACGGUUUAUAGAGCGUAAACGCAUAUCUCGUUGAAUGUUUCAAAGCUUAUAUAACGGCAACACCAAUCUUAACUAAGUAUGUAAAUGUUAAAAAUAAAUUAAUAUCUAAUGAUAAUUAUGUUAUGUAUUACUUCUUUAGGGAAGCUAGAUCUCGUUGUUUACAUAUUAUUAGUACUUAAAAUGUGUAAUCAUUUUUUUUAUUGUAUAAAGCUAGGUGAUUGAUAAUUAUGUUGCAUAUAAUAUAUGAACAAGUUGUUUAUAUGUACUAGAAAGCGUUUUCUAAGAAAACCACACAUUUGUUAUGACAACCAUUGUGGCUUCACAGAACAAGAAAUGAAAUAUGUAUAAUGGGAAAUAUUUCAUUAGGUACACUUUCACAUAGACUGAUUCAGGUGAGGUGCUACUGAACUCAAGCCGACUUACGUUUCCAGUUUUAAUUAACCUAUUCACCGUUAUUUUACUAAUUAACCAACGUAUUUAAUUUUAUACUUAAAUUAUUUAUGGCAAAAUAUAAUUACGGAGAUGGCUUUGAUCUGUCAUUUGUCAUGGCGAUUAUUUUAAUUCACGUAAUCGACAGGUUUUGGUGGCACCUUAACUUACUUUUAGUACCUAUUUCACUGCCAAAGUUAGGAUAAAGUUUUACCAGACAUCUAUUUCGACAAGUUUUAAGGCUACAGCGAAUACGCUCCGUCCACUAAUUGUAAUAUUUUACUUUUAUCUUGACAAUAUUGUCAGAACUGCAAUUUUUCAGACUACUGAUUACAAACCCAUUGUUAAAACCAUCCGUAUAACACCGAUCCGUAUCAUUUUAAAUAUAAUUAAUAAAUUCAUUAAACUAUG